AUGUCACCGUCCCUGCUCCCACCAUUUGCUGUCGCGUGUGUAUAUGUCUGUGUGUGUGAGAGAGAGAAAGAGAGACAGCAUCUACACCAUGCUGAGACAAAUGCAGCUGCGCUGGAGCGGCCAGCUGGUGCGCAUGGACGACGAGCGACUACCCAAACGACUCUUCUACGGAGACGUCGCGACGGGUUCUCGUCGUCAAGGAGGCCAAAUCCGCCGUUACAAGGACAUUCUGAAGUCCUCACUGAAGCGCCUGCAAAUCAACCCGACCAAUUGGGAAGAGCUCGCACACGAUCGACAAACCUGGAGGAGGGCAGUGAAGACAGGCGUUGCGAUCUACGAAGCCAACAGCAUCGCCGCCGCCAAAGCGAAACGCGAAGCCCGCAAAUCCCAACUUCGCCCAGUCCGCAACGCCGACGCACAACCGCUACCUACGUGUCCUCGGUGUCAACGGACAUUCCGGGCUCCAAUUGGGCUUGUCGGACAUCUUCGGAUCAACUGCGCCUCUCGGACUGCACCAACCAUCGUCCCCCGCCCACCUCUUCCUCGUCCUCUCCGCUGCGAACUAACUUUGACAAUUCUUCUGAACCACCACUUCCAUCCUCCUCCUCCUCCUCCUCCUCCUCCUCCUCCUCCUCCACUGCCCCAACGGCGGCCGCUCAGGCGGCCGUCUCGCACAUCACCAACCGCGACACAACAACAGACACCACUUCCACAUCUCCCGACUCCAGCAAUGAGGAUCAGGACUACACAUGCCCUCACUGCAACCGCACCUUCACCUCACACAUCGGCCUGGUCGGUCACUUGCGAAUCCAUCGCACAGAGACUGGCGAGCCAGUGCCUGGAGCACCAAACUACACCCACCCGCUCUCUGUUCACGCAGUUCGUCGCGUUGUGUGUGUUGUCUGUGGUGGCGGACUGGUGGGCUGGGCGGCGGGCUGA